CGAUCAUGGAGAAGAUGUACAUGGUGCAUGAAGAUGAUGAUAUCACACCAUGCUUGAUUGAAGAUGAACAUGGAGGCCACAUCGAGCCUACCUCUUCCACAACACCUACCUCAUAUGAGCGGGACUACAAAGGUACGUAUAUGGGUGUUGAUGAUGCCAUGAUCCCACUAGUGGACAUGAAGAUUGAUGAGUGCAUGCAUGAUCUUGAUGAUACAAAUGCUAUGUCAUAUGCUUCUUUCAUUUUCCCAUGUGAUGCAUUGCUAGAUAACAUUGUUGAUCAUAUGGACUUGAUUGCUUGUGAUAACAUGACCAUGCCAUGCUAUGAGUGUUUCAAUAUAUCUCCCAUUGCAUCCAACUUGUCGAACAAUUUCUCUUUCCCAUGUGUUGAUUGCAAUGAGGACAUUGAUGCUUGUGUUGUGACAACCUUGCCGAACAAUUGCUCUUUCCCUAGGUUUGUCGACAACCAUGAUCAAAUGUUGAACAUGUUUUGUGCUACAUGCUUGCAAUAUUCUCCCAUUAAUGCAACCAAAAUAAUGAACAAUUUCUCUUUCCAAUGCUUGGCUUGCAAUAGUGUUAAUAUGCUUGUAAAUGAGAUUGCCCCCAUAGCUCUCUCACAUUUUGGAGACUUUGCAUAUAUCCAUGUUGAGCAUGUUCCCAUGUUUACUCCGCAUAUUCACCACAUAUAUUAUGAUAAAUUGCUUAACGCUAAUGGUGAUGUGCAAAAGCAAUGGAACAUCAUGAUGGAUGAUGUGUACAUAUACCAUGCACAUACGUUGUUCUUGUUGUCUAACAUGUGUGUAGGUACCCAAAAUCCAAUGUCAACCUCGAUUGAGCACGAGUUGACAAAAAGAGCUCUUGAGAGCAUGAUACAAGUGAGCUCCAAUGAGUGGUUUUGCCCGCACACUUCCACUACACAAGAUCUCUCAAUGAGAGCACACCGGCACUUUGAUAAGGUGACCUCCUUCUACUUGCGCCCUCUUCCUAAAUACAUUGAACUUUGGCUACGCUUUGAUUGCUCCUUUGCUUUUCUUGUGCUAUUGAUAGGGCUCUUGACAAGUGAAGGGACAUUCAAGCGUUGGUGUCAUCUACCUCCUCUACACAUUCAUGAAGACUUAUCGUCGAGGACGACUCUUUUUCAAGUGGGGGGAGAUGAUGCAGCCCGACCUACGGUCUUCGCUUCAUCAUGUGCGUCAACGUCAAGAACCACACUCAAGGCCGAGGUCACGGAGGCAUGGAAGAGAAGAAGGAAGAAGAGCGUCCGAGGUCGCCAGGAAGACGCGCCUGCCACAAGUCAAUUCGGGCCAAGGCCCAUGUACCCCCUUGUUUCCCUAAACUACCCCUCCUUAGUGGCUCCCUAUAAAUAGGCACCCACCCCCAUCUUCAUUAGGUAAGACAUAACUUGAGUGAGAACUUGGCUUAUGCCUCCACCAUCCCUUUGGGAUUAGGGAAACCCCCUCCUCUCUUAGACACAAAUCUAUGAGUUGUAUCAAGGCACUCCUUAUAUGAUUUAUCUUUCGCACUUGUGAUUCUACCGCGGUCUCUCACUCGUGUGACUCCAUAGAUCGUAUAUCGGUCUUUCUCUCGGGGAUUCUACCUCGUGUCUCUCCUUGAGGGAUUCUAUCGGGAUAGUGGU